AUGACUCGUUCUUCUCAAGAUAUUGAUUUGCAGUUUAAUCUUGAAAUUGAGAAGACGGCGCGCCAAUUAAGAAAGGAGACUAAGCAAAGAAAAAAUUGUCUCAUAGAGGAAAUAGAUAUAGCUAUUGGCGACGUAUCUAUUUUUCAAGAAGUUACAGAAAACAUGGCGAACAGAACUCUCAAAGAGCUAGCUGCACCGGAUUUAAAUCAACAACCUUUAUGCAUUACAUUUCCUAAUAUUGCAGUUGAUUUUGAAUUAAAAUGUGGUUUAAUUCACUUACUCUCUUCUUUUCGUGGAUGUGCAGGUGAAGAUCCUCAUAAACACUUAAAAGAAUUCCAUAUUGUAUGCUCCGGAAUGAAACCACAUGGUGUGACCGAAGAGCAAAUAAAUCUUAGAGCUUUUCCCUUUUCUUUGAAGGAUAAAGCAAAUGAUUGGCUCUAUUAUCUACCUUCCGGUUCAAUAACAACAUGGAACGAGAUGAAAAGAUUGUUACUAGACAAGUUUUUCCCUGCAACAAGAGCUGCCAACAUCAGAAAAGAAAUUUGUGGCAUAACACAGUUCACUGGAGAAACGUUGUAUGAGUAUUGGGAAAGGUUCAAGCAACUGUGUGCUAAAUGCCCACAUCAUCAAAUCUCUCCGCAACUCCUAAUCCAAUAUUUCUAUGAAGGAUUAUUGCCAAUGGAUAGGAGUAUGAUUGAUGCAGCAAGUGGUGGAGCUUUGGUAGAUAAGACGCCUGAAGAAGCCAAGCAAUUAAUUUCAAAUAUGGCCGAAAAUUCUCAGCAAUUUGGUACAAGGGCUGAUGGAGCUACAAGGCGAGUUAAUGAGGUUAGCACUAAAAAUCUUGAAAAUCAAAUUUCUGAUUUAACUGCUUUGGUUCGUCAAAUGGCUGUAGGGCAAUUACAAAUGGCAAAAGUCUGUGGAAUAUGUUCGUUGCAAGGACAUCCCACCGAUAUGUGUCCAACAUUGCAACAAGACUCCAUGCAAGAAGCUAACGCUCUAGGCGGAUUUACUGGUCAAUCUCAAAGGAAGUAUGACCCCUUUUCUAAUCAUUACAAUCCUGGAUGGAGAGAUCACCCGAAUUUGAGCUAUGGGAACCAAGGAGGACAACAAAAGUAUCCUUCCCAGAAUUUCAAUAGACAACCUCAAGCUUCUAAUUCAGGUAUGUCCUUGGAAGAUAUUGUUCAAAAUCUUGCUAACAAUGCUCUUCAAUUUCAACAGGAAACAAGGUCAAGCAUUCAGAGUUUAGGCAAUCAAAUUACUCAACUGGCUACGUCGAUUAGUAAAUUGGAGGCUCAAAAUUUUGGAAAACUACCUUCACAACCAGAGAUAAAUCCAAAGGAGAAUGUUAGUGCAAUUUUUCUUAGAAGUGGAAAGGAUAUUUCUUCAGGGUCGAUUCCACUUAAGAAAAGUGAACCGAGCAAGGAAAAGGAAGAAGAAGAAGCUUCCUCUAAAGCAUCACGUGGGGUGAAAUUCGAUCCUCCUCUAUCUCUUUCAUCUCACACUCCAUUACCUCCUUUUCCUAGCAGAUUAGCUAAGCCAAAAGAAGAUGAGCAAGAAAAGGAGAUCCUGGAUACAUUUAGGAAGGUGGAGAUAAAUAUCCCAUUAUUGGAUGCUAUCAAGAAAAUUCCUAAAUAUGCAAAGUUCUUGAAGGAAUUAUUCACAAACAAAAGAAGGAUGAAGGAAAAGGAGAAAGUGGUGGUAAGUAAGAAUGUGUCGGCCAUCUUGCAAAAGAAUAUGCCCGAAAAAUGCAAGGAUCCAGGUAUGUUUUCAUUACCUUGUGUUAUUGGUAAUACAAAAAUUGAGCGUGCCAUGUUAGAUUUAGGAGCUUCCAUUAAUGUCAUGCCAUUUUCUAUCUAUCAAGAAUUGAAACUAAAUAACUUGCAAAAGACUGGUGUAAUGAUUCAAUUAGCUGAUCACUCUUAUAUUCAUCCCCUUGGAGUUGUUGAAGAUGUUUUGGUGCAGGUUAAUGGGCUCAUAUUUCCUGUCGACUUUUACAUUUUGGAAAUGGAUGGUAAUUCCUCAUUAAAAUCAGCUUCGAUUUUAUUAGGACGACCAUUCAUGAAAACUGCUAAGACAAAGAUUAAUGUAGAUGAGGGUACUCUCUCCGUAGAGUUUGAUGGAGAGAUUGUUAAAUUUAAUAUUUUCGAUGCAAUGAAAUAUCCUAAUAAUUUACAUUCUCUUUGCCAUAUUGAUGUAAUUAAUCCAAUUGUGCAGGAAGUAUUUGCAAAAGAAAAUAUUAAAGCCACUGGAUCGAGGCCGAAAAGUUUCAGCUCCAGAAAGGCUCACACACCAUUGCCGGCGGGGGAAAAACGGGAAAGAAGGGCUGCCUUGGUGUUUUUGGCGUCCAGGAAUCCAUUUCCAGCAUCAGAUCGGCGAAGGGACAUCGGCGGUGGCAGCGUGGGAGGCAACUUCUUCUCCUUGCUGCGGUGA